GUCACACCUCUCCUGGCAGAUCACUCGAAGAAAAAGGUUCCCUCAUCAGAAUGGAUAUUUUACUGCUCUUCUUCUUCUCAUGCCUCCUGCCUGGGAUCUGUACCUACACAAUCCCCCAUGAAGAGCCUUCUCUUCGUUUUGUGGCUCUCGGAGACUGGGGGGGACUGCCCCUUCCUCCCUUCACUACAAGGCAGCAGGAACUGGUGGCUGAAGAGAUAAGCAAAACAGUGGCCAAACUGGGUGCAGACUUUAUUCUGUCCUUGGGUGACAAUUUCUACUAUGAUGGCGUCACUGAUGAGUCAGACCCCAGAUUUAAGUUCACUUUUGAGUCGGUGUACAGUGCCGAGUCCCUGGUCAAGCUUCCUUGGUACAUACUGGCGGGAAAUCAUGAUCACAAAGGGAAUGUUUCUGCUCAGAUUGCUUACACCAACGUCUCCACGCGAUGGAACUAUCCUGAUUACUACUAUGAUCUUGCCUUUACCAUCCCAGGCAGCAACGUUACCGUGCGAAUUCUGAUGCUGGACACAGUCCAGCUGUGUGGAAUUUCAGAUGACUUCCAUGAUGGACAACCACGCGGUCCAAACAAUCUCAGAAUGGCAGGGACACAGCUAGAGUGGCUGUCGGAGAAGCUGCAGAGCUCCAAGGACGAUUACUUGUUAGUGGCUGGUCAUUACCCCGUGUGGUCAGUGGCAGAACAUGGGCCGACCCAUUGCCUGCUCCAUACUUUAGAGCCAUUGCUUAAGAAGUACGGGGUCACAGCCUACCUGUGUGGGCAUGAACACAACAUGCAGUACCUCCAGGACGACCAGGGCAUCGGCUACUUGCUGAGCGGGGCUGGAAACUUUAUGGAGAAUUCCCGAAUUCAUGAGGAUGAUGUCCCCACUGAUUAUUUGAAAUUUUUUCAAGGCGAUCCAGACACGAUGGGGGCUUUCGCCUACAUAGAGAUUACCCCUAAAGAAAUGACCAUAACCUAUGUACAAUCCAAUGGCAAAUGCCUCUUUCAGACCACAUUGUACCCUCGCACCUUUUAAUUAGCGUCUGUGAUAGUAGUGAACGGACUGUGACCAGUUUUUAUUAAUGAGCAAGUAUUAAAGGAAGGGGGGUAAUUUUAUUAUAGAUUACAUAAAUCAUGCCUGUGAUUGCAUUCGCCAGUAUUUUAACAUGCUGGGCAGGUUCUUUCACGCUGUUUAAUGAGAUCAGUCAUGUUCUGUUAAGUCAGGAACUAAACAUAAAUGCCAAAAACAUGAAGCUUUUGCCUUUCCUUUUGCACGUGUGAGUACUCAUGGGCAUAUACUAGAAUAUCUGGAUCCCCCAGAAUGCCCAGUUAAGUACUGGGGUGUACUUCAGCUUUAAAGGGGACACUGGGAAAAUGUAUAUGUAUUUGUGUAAAUUGAAUUAAUGUUGUCUGACCCCAACUAACAGCACAAGUCAUUGGGUUGGUCUGUGAGCCAACUGGAUGGUGCACUGCUUCCAAGAGUAUAGGUCUACUGGUUGCACUGAUUUGAUGGCACAACAGCAGCAACAUAAACUUAAAUAUCCCUAAAAUCUAUGAAGCCUCUUAGUUUAAGAAAAAAUACAAAACAAAAAAAAGUUACCUUUACGUAUAAUCACCUUUGCUUGUAUUAAGUCUUUAUGCCUACAGGAACUCAUCUCAUUAGCUGUGGCCCUUUAAUAAUAAUAAUAAUAAUAAUAAUAAUAAUAAUAAUAAUAAUAAUAAUUAGUUAUAUAAGCAGGUACAUUUUCUGAUUUCAUGUGCUGUUAUUCUCCCUUAUCUGGCAACUUUUAAGGGUUAAAAAAAAAAGAAAUCUGAUUAUGUGUCAGAGAUUCCGGCCCCGAGUGUUUUCAUUUACAUUUUUAAUGUUGUUUUUUGUAUUGAACAUUUCUGCUUUUUUUUUUUUUUUUACAUAUUGUUGGAAUCCAGAAAAUGACAAUGGAACUAUGAAGAGUAAAUAGAGAAAUCAGAGUGUUUUCUUGUGUAAUAUACUCAGGUCUCGAUUGUUGGUGAUCCUGUUCUAAACGUCAAUCUCUUUUUAGCAGUGCUCUUUUAUGUGUUUGUCUGUUACCAGCAAAUAAUACAAAAAUAAAUUUAUCAGAUCAAACAGCUAA